UGGAAAAAGCUUUCUUCCAAAGCCAAACAGCAGAAGUCCAGAGAAAAGAGAGAGCUUUUCAAGGCAAGAUCAACGACGCUCUCUCGAUCACCCCCUCUCAUCUCGCCGGAAAAAUCCACUCGCCUCUCUCCCUGCGAUCGAGGGUUCCGUCCCCUUAACUUCUUCUUCUCCGAUCGACCGAUCAGCAGCAAAAAGUUCGCAUUUUUUUUCUUCUGGGUCUUUGCAAAUUUCCUUCGUUUGUCUCGCCGGCCAAUCAUGAACUGCGAAGUCUGCCAUCUCAAAGAACUGGAGGUGGAGCACUACGAGAUCCGGGAUGUGCUCCGAUGUUUGCUACACACUAUUAUCUUCCACCGAGCUUUAGGCCUUGUGCGGCCCAAAGAAAUCGACUUGGAACUUUUUGAAAUUACAUAUGUGCAAUGUGGGGAUCAAGAAGUCGAGAAGAAAAUUGAUGAGAAGAUAGAGCAGUUCAUUGGUUGGGUCGAGAAGCAUCCAAAUAAGAAAAGCCAGAUAUGUUUAUCCUUCUAUGAAGUAAAAAACAAACAGGUAUCAUGGUUCAGCAAGCAAAUAGAGCGGCUAGAUUGGGAGCAUUGGUAUAUCGAUUUGAAUGUGGCCCAACAACCGAAAGUACAUUCUCUCAAGUCGCAUAAUUCCAAAGUUGUGGACACUGGGGAGAAUACCUUAGAGGAGAGAAGCAUGCGCAGGGCAUCACUGGACGCCUCUCUUCGCGAUGUUCUGUUUCAGAUAAUAAGAUUCGUGAAUGACAAAAAGGAACAUGUACCUCCAAUUCCAAAGCGCGAAGGAGUCAUCUCAUUUCCGUAUGAAAUUACUAUCCCAAGUUCGUCAGAUUCUUCAUUUGGAAUGGACAUUAUCAAGAGGAUGCUUCAGACUGGACAUCCUACUAUGCUGAGCUGAUUGACAUUCUUAGGUGUGGUAUCUUGUGUUAUGAAGGCUUCAUAUCUCCAUAUUGGUUAACUUUGUGUGCACAUUCCCAAUGGACAAAGGCUGCUGAAGCAUCAUAUAAGCGACGCUCAUUUGCAUAAAUAUCCGCUUCAUCCUUGUACAUAGUCUUUUGUAUCUAUAUUUGGAGCUUUUCCCUUUGCAUUGCUGUAA